UGUUCGUAUUCUUUAGUAACAAAGCAUAACCACAAAAAAGCGCAAUUAUUUGCACGAAACUUUGUUAAAUUUCAAAUAAAAAUCCCUUAUAAUGUCAAAAGCGCAUCCUCCAGAGUUAAAAAAAUUUAUGGACAAGAAGUUGUCCUUAAAACUCAAUGCUGGACGCCAAGUCACCGGUAUUUUGAGAGGAUUUGAUCCAUUUAUGAACUUAGUGGUAGAUGAAACGAUUGAGGAGUGCAAAGACGGGUCACGCAACAAUAUUGGAAUGGUCGUUAUUCGUGGGAACAGCAUUAUAAUGUUGGAAGCUUUAGAUAGGGUAGGAUAAGUUUAAUAUCGGCUGAUAAAUAGUGUUUACGAAAUGUUUUAGUUUUAACUACAUUGUAAUUAAAACAUGAUUUAUGCCUCGA